AGAACGCUUUAAAGGAAUGUUAAUUUAGACUUAAGAUACAAGCUACGCAAUAACAUCGAAGAAAAAGUAAAAUUGAUAAUUCUGUGAAAAUAUUACUUAAAUACUUAGCAGUUUGGUUUCAUUCCAUCUCCAUAAUGCAUCGAAGAGGCCAUGGAAUAGGAGCAAUUAAUAAAAAGACGUUAGCACAGGCUAAGUAUAAAGACAAAGGAACAGAAAUAGCUGCAGACCAAUUAAGUCAGAUGGCAAAACAAAUGGAGGCCUUUAAGGGGUAUUUAGAAGACUUUGCAUCUAAGCACAAAGAUCAGAUUAAAAAAGAUCCUGAAUUCAGAGUAGCUUUCCAGGAGAUGUGUUCCACAAUAGGAGUAGACCCUUUAGCUUCAAGUAAAGGUUUCUGGGCAGAGAUGCUUGGUGUAGGUGACUUUUACUAUGAAUUAGGAGUACAAGUUAUAGAAGUUUGUAUAGCAACAAGCCACAGAAAUGGAGGAUUAAUAGAUAUAGAAGAAUUAAGGAGUAGAUUGUUAGCCUCCAGAGGAAAGAAAAGUCAAGACAUAUCUGUAGAUGAUUUACUGAGAGCAAUAAAGAAACUGAAAGUUUUAGGAAAUGGGUUCACUGUAUUACCAAUAGGUACAACCUACCUAGUACAAAGUAUUCCAGGAGAACUAAGCAUGGAUCAUACAUCAGUUUUACAACAAGCAGAGUCCAAUGGUUUUAUUACGAAGACUGAGUUGAUGUCCCAACUGAAGUGGGAGGAUGAAAGAGCUAGCAGAGCUUUGAAUUUCAUGGUGAAAGAAGGGCUUGCUUGGGUGGAUGAUCAAGGAAAAGAAAGGCAAUUUUGGUUUCCAAGUUUCUUUCCAUAUUUGAAAUCUGCAAACAACUCUUAGUUGUAACUACACGAUAUUAAAUUUGUUGUUAGUGUAUAGAAUUUAUGUAUUAUUACCUGAUUAUGUUUUGAUAAAAUAUAAUUUACAUGU